AUGGUGCUCGACUACAGCAAAUGGGAUGCGCUGGAGCUGUCAGACGAUUCGGAUAUUGAAGUUCAUCCCAACGUCGAUAAGCGGUCGUUCAUCCGAGCCAAGCAGUCCCAAAUUCACCAACAGCGAGAACAGCGCCGCCAUGACAUCAAGACCCUAAAGUACGAGCGCAUCAUUAAUGAUGGGCUGCUGUCGCGCAUCGAUAAGCUCCUUGAGUCUCUCAAGAAGCACGAGGAUUCGUCUGCCUCUCCCGAUGAAUUCAUCUUCCAGACUAUCAUGGAGUUCGCAAGCAACCCCGCCGAGGACCAAGCCCCGCCUCCCCCGGAGGGAGUCCACACCCAUGAAAAGGAACAGCCCAAGUACUCGCAGAUGAUGGGCGCACUGGUGGAUCAGGUGAAGAAGGAAUUCGAGGGCUCCACGCCAGACAAUCUCUUCAAGGAAUACAUCCAGGGUGUCGGAGGACACAAAGAGAAGGUGCAGGGCCUGCAGAAGGAAUUGCUGGCGAGACUGGCACAGCUCGAAAAGGAAGAAGGCACCAAGAUUACUAGCGAUGGAUUGCAUGAUGGGUUUAACACCUCACAUGUUGCCAAGUCGACCGACAAAGGAAAGGCCGCUGCUUCAGCGCAGGAAAGUUCGACAGAGCUGUUGAACCCUGGUGCCGUGAAUCAGGCCUCGGCAGCGAAGGCCGGCGAGGAUGAUGACGAUGACCCUGCCAAUGUCGAGAUUAGUGAAUUGGGCAAGCAGUUUGCCCGCAUUAGGCCUGGUGACUACAGGGCCUACCAGCAAUUCAUCUCUGAACACCCGCAAAUUAUUGCCGAGAAGGAGACGGAUGGCUUGCUCGUUGAGGCGUUCAACAGCCAGCUGAAGGGCCAGGAGGAUUACGCUCGCCAGUGCGUCCACCAGGGCCUGCUCUUGCAAUACUGUCGCUCCUUGGGCCGGGACGGCAUCCAGUUAUUCUUCACCCGGAUUACCACCAAGGACCACCGUGCCGCAACGUUGUUCAGUAACGAUGUGAAUGACACCUACCACCGAAUCAAGUCUCGCGCGGCCGAGCUCAGUAAAGAGAAGUCCGCGUCCAAUGACCCGGCCGGGGUGGAGCAAAUUCAGUUGCACGCCGUGGACCCGAGUACCAAGAUCACCAUCAACAUCCCUGCCGCCAACAGCGAAGAGCCCACCGAGGUCGAAUCGCGCAAGAUCUUCGACACCUUCCCCGCAGAUCUCCAAAAAGCGCUGGAGUCUGAAUCCCUGGACGAAGUCAACAAGGUCUUGGGCAAGAUGUCUGUUGAAGAGGCAGAGGUGGUCGUCGAGCAGCUGGGCGAUGGUGGUAUGCUCAGUCUGGAGCAAGGUAUUGUCGAUGCUACUACGGCCGAAGGCCAGAAGAAGCUGGCGGAGUUGGAGGCCGAAGGCAAACAGGAGGUCGGGGAGCCUGGAGGUGACGUGACGGAGCUGGAUUGA